UUGUGGCCACAAGGAGCUGACUCCUCACUCACACGGUUCCUCCCCUCUUCCCCGUCAACAUGUCCACUUGGGAGCUCCUUUGAGGCUUUUUUGUUGCUCCCGCUAAAAAAAAAAAAAACCUUUCCCCCCCUUUCUGUCGCCAGACGCUGCAUGAAUAAGAAACAGCAAGAAAAAAGAACGAGAGCAAUGCAACAUCGGAUCCGAGUCUGAUAGCGAACUGCAAAAGCCGGCUUUUGUUCCAGAAAGCGUCGCAAAGCUCCGCAGUCUUCGCAGGGAAAAGACGCGGAUCACCUCCGACUGAGAGUCCUCGCCUUGUGGGGCUCUCUGCCUAAAAGCAGGAGAACCAUGUCCUCGUCCAGAUUCAAGAAGGAUAAGGAGAUCAUCGCGGACUAUGAGACCCAAGUGAAAGAAAUCCGUAACCAGCUGGUGGAGCAGUUCAAAUGCUUGGAGCAGCAGUCGGAAUCUCGCAUCCAGCUGCUGCAGGACCUGCAGGAGUUUUUCCGCCGCAAGGCAGAGAUUGAACUGGAAUACUCGCGCAGUUUAGACAAACUCUCCGAGCGCUUUUCCUCCAAGAUCCGCAGCUCCCGGGAACACCAGCAGUUCAAGAAAGACCAGCACCUUCUGUCAUCUGUCAACUGCUGGUACCUGGUCCUGAACCAGACCCGACGUGAGAGCCGUGACCACGCCACCCUCAGCGACAUCUACACCAACAAUGUCAUCGUCCGCUUGGCGCAGAUCAGCGAGGACGUCAUCCGCCUCUUCAAGAAGAGCAAGGACAUCGGGAUCCAGAUGCACGAGGAGUUGGUGAAGGUGACCAACGAACUCUACACGGUGAUGAAGACGUACCACAUGUACCACACGGAGAGCAUCAGCGCCGAGAGCAAGCUGAAGGACGCUGAGAAGCAAGAGGAGAAGCAGUUCAGCAAGUCGGGAGAUCUCAACGUCAACCUGCUUCGCCACGAGGACCGCCAGCCCCGACGCAGCACCGUCAGAAAGAUUGAGAAGAUGAAAGAGAAGCGGCAAGCAAAGUACUCUGAGAAUAAGCUGAAGUGCACCAAAGCCCGCAACGACUACUUGCUGAACCUGGCAGCAACAAACGCCGUGGUGGCCAAAUACUACAUCCACGACGUCUCCGAUAUGAUCGAUUGCUGUGACCUGGGCUACCACGCCAGCUUGGCACGGACCUUCAGGACGUACUUGUCCGCAGAGUAUAACCUGGAGACGUCUCGCCACGAGGGACUGGAUGUCAUUGAGAACGCCGUGGACAACCUGGACUCUCGUAGCGACAAGCACAAGCUCAUGGAUAUGCAUAACCAGGUGUUCUGCCCCCCCAUGCGCUUCGAGUACCUGCCGCACAUGGGAGAUGAGGUGUGCCAGGUGAGCGCCCAGCAACCCGUCCAGACCGAGCUCUUGAUGCGCUACCACCAGCUCCAGUCUCGCUUAGCGACGCUCAAGAUCGAGAAUGAGGAGGUGAGAAAGACCUUGGACGCCACCAUGCAAACGCUGCAGGACAUGCUGACGGUGGAGGAUUUUGACGUGUCGGAUGCCUUCCAGCAUAGCCGCUCCACCGAAUCCAUCAAGUCGGUCGCCUCCGAGUCGUACAUGAGCAAAAUGAACGUAGCAAAGAGGAGGGCAAACCAACAGGAGACUGAAAUGUUCUACUUAUCAAAAUUCAAGGAGUACCUGAACGGCAGCAACCUCAUCAUUAAGCUGCAAGCCAAGCACGACUUACUGAAACAAACCCUUGGCGAAGGGGAAAGGGCCGAAUGCGGAACCACAAGGCCCCCCACACUCCCCCCUAAGCCACAGAAAAUGCGGAAGCCUCGGCCGCGCUCCGUCUAUAACCAUAAGCUGUUUAACUGCGAUUUGGACACCUUCGUCAAGGAUUCCGGUCAAGCCAUCCCGUUGGUGGUGGAAAGCUGCGUCAGAUACAUCAACCUGUACGGGCUGCAGCAGCAAGGAAUAUUCCGGGUGCCUGGAUCGCAGGUGGAGGUCAACGAUAUCAAAAAUUCCUUUGAGAGGGGAGAAGAUCCCUUAAUAGACGACCACGAUGAGCACGAUAUCAACUCGGUGGCAGGAGUCCUCAAACUGUAUUUCCGAGGACUGGAGAACUCGCUCUUCCCGAAGGAGCGUUUCCUGGAUUUCAUCUCCACCAUCAAGCUGGAGUCGGGGGCGGAGCGAGCUCAUCACAUCCAGCAGAUUAUUGUCACCCUUCCUCGAUCCGUCAUCAUCGUCAUGAGAUACCUCUUUGCUUUUCUCAAUCAUCUCUCCCAGUACAGUGACGAGAACAUGAUGGAUCCGUACAACUUGGCCAUAUGCUUUGGACCCACGCUGAUGCCCAUCCCGGACAGCCAGGACCCUGUGGCAUGCCAGGCACAUGUUAACGAGGUCAUUAAGACCGUCAUCAUCCACAACGAAGUCAUCUUCCCCAGUCAGCGUGAACUAGAUGGCCCGGUCUAUGAAAAGUGCAUGGCUGGAGGGGAGGAGUACUGCGACAGCCCCCACAGCGAGCCAGGAGCCCUCGAUGAAGUCGACAACGGAACCGAACCACAUACGAGCGAUGAAGAAGUGGAACAAAUCGAAGCCAUCGCCAAAUUUGAUUACGUGGGCCGCAGUCCGAGAGAGCUGUCCUUCAAGAAGGGGGCGUCUCUGCUCCUCUAUCACCGAGCAUCCGAGGAUUGGUGGGAGGGUCGACACAACGGCGUGGAUGGCCUCAUCCCUCAUCAAUACAUCGUGGUGCAAGACAUGGAUGACGCCUUCUCAGAUAACCUCAGCCAGAAAGCAGACAGCGAAGCCAGCAGUGGGCCCUUACUGGAUGAGAAAGGUUCAUCCAGGAACGAGGUUCCGUCUCCGUGCGAACAAUCACCUGAGUACACCUUCGGAGGAGUCAUGGGCAGGGUCAGACUGCGUUCCGACGGAGCCGCCAUCCCACGCCGCCGCAGCGGUACAGAUACUCAGAGCCCAACCAGAGGUGCAGAUACCCCCCCGCGGGCCGCCGCCUGUCCCAGCAGCCCACUCAAGGUGUCGGUCGGUAAGCCGCGCAUGGAAAGCCCGGAAAAGAGGCGACUCGGGACCUUCGGGAGCGCAGGAAGUAUCAACUACCCGGAGAGGAAGGCCUAUCCUGAGGGUCACCCGCUGAGGCCCAUGUCGGGGGCCACACGGCACAGCAGCCUCGGGGACCACAAAUCCCUGGAGGCGGAGGCUCUCGCUGAGGACAUCGAGAAGACCAUGACCACAGCUCUCCACGAGCUCCGUGAGCUGGAGCGACAGAACACGGCCAAGCAGGCACCCGACGUGGUCCUGGACACCCUGGAGCCCAUGAAGAACCCCGUCAGCUCGGAACCCGGCAGCCCCCUGCACACCAUCAUGAUCCGCGACCCCGACGCGGCCAUGCGGCGAAGCAGCAGCUCCACCUCCGAAAUGAUGACCACCUUCAAGCCGGCCCUCUCGGCCCGCCUCACCGGCACUCAGCUACGCCCCCCGCCUAUGAGACCGGUGCGCCCCCCUCCGACUCAGCACCGCUCCAGCAGCUCCAGUUCUUCCGGGGUGGGCAGCCCGGCCAUAACGCCCACCGAUAAAAUGUUCCCCAGCAGCAGCCCGGCGGGCGGCGCCGGCGUGAACGUGUCAGGUGACGGAGCGGACAAGUCCGGCACCAUGUAGCAAAGGUGGAAUCCGGAGCACAGGGCAGGAAAUGCGGCUGCAACUCAGGAUUAUUUUCCGGUUUCCGACCCGAAUGUAGCGCUGAGUGAUCCCCGACAUUUCCAACAGCUCAGGGAGACUUCAGCUUUACAGAUGCCAUGUGGUGCUCACAGUAAUGCUGAUGCUAAUGCUAAUGCUAAUGCUAAACAGAAGGAGGCAUCUCUUGGAGGAAUCUUCUAUUGGAACAGGGGUGUCCAAAUUGAGCAUGCGGGGGGAGGGGGGCACCAAUCCAAUAUAGUCUGUGCAUGCUAAGCUUGUGAUCCCCAACCAGUACCAGCACCAGUACCAGUACCAGUACCAGUACCAGUACCAGUGCCAGUGCCAAACCAGCCCGUACAAAAAAUCAGUUCCAGUAGCUCCAAUUUAAACCAAAACUGACUUUAACCAAGGCAAGUAUCCCUAUAUAAAAAUAAUGUAAAUGCAAUUAAUUAAUUAAUUAAUUAAUUAAUAUUAUAAUUAAUUAAUAAAUGCAAUUAAUAAGUAAAAUGUUCUACUUUUUUUUGUAGACAAUAAUUAUAGUUUUAUGUGCAGAAAAAAAUGCAAAUAAAUAAAUAUAAAUAAAAUAUGAAAACAGGCAUACAAAGGUUUUAGUUAUGAAUUUAAUCACUUUUAUUAAAUUUAAUUAACUACAAAUAUUUUAAUAAGUUUAAUAAGUUUUUUAUAUUUAAUAAUUUUUUAGUUUUAGUUAUUAGUUAACAUCAUUAAUUUUAAUGAAGUUAAGAUGAGGCAAGUAUCCCUAUAUAAAAAAUAAUGUAAAUGCAAUUAAUCAAUUAAUUAAUUAAUAUUAUAAUUAAUUAAUAAAUGCAAUUAAUAAGUAAAAUGUUCUACAUUUUGUAGACAAUAAUUAUAGUUUUAUGUGCAGAAAAAAAUGCAAAUAAAUAAAUAUAAAUAAAAUAUGAAAACAGGCAUACAAAGAUUUUAGUUAUGUAUUUAAUCAAUUUUAUUAAAUAUAAUUAACUAAAAAUAUUUUUAUAAGUUUUUUAUAUUUAAUACAUUUUUAGUUUGAGUUAUUAGUUAACAUCAUUAAUUUUAAUGAAGUUAAGAUGAGGCAAGUAUCCCUAUAUAAAAAAUAAUGUAAAUGCAAUUAAUCAAUUAAUUAAUUAAUAUUAUAAUUAAUUAAUAAAUGCAAUUAAUAAGUAAAAUGUUCUACAUUUUGUAGACAAUAAUUAUAGUUUUAUGUGCAGAAAAAAAUGCAAAUAAAUAAAUAUAAAUAAAAUAUGAGAACAGCCAUACAAAGGUUUUAGUUAUGAAUUUAAUAAAUUUUAUUAAAUUUAAUUAACUAAAAAUAUUUUAAUAAGUUUAAUAAGUUUUUUUAUAUUUAAUAAAUUUUUAGUUUGAGUUAUUAGUUAACAUCAUUAAUUUUAAUGAAGUUAAGAUGAGGCAAGUAUCCCUAUAUAAAAAAAUUAUGUAAAUUCAAUUAAUUAAUUAAUAUUAUAAUUAAUUUAUAAAUGCAAUUAAUAAGUAAAAUGUUCUACAUUUUUUGUAGACAAUAAUUAUAGUUUUAUGUGCAGAAAAAAUGCAAAUAAAUAAAUAUAAAUAAAAUAUGAGAACAGGCAUACAAAGGUUUUAGUUAUGAAUUUAAUCAAUUUUAUUAAAUUUAAUUAACUAAAAACAUUUUAAUAAAACUAGUAAUUGUGUUAUUUUUUAGUUUAAGUUAUUAGUUAAAGUCAUUAAUUUUAAUGAAGUUAAAAUGAAAUAAAAAAAUAAUCAAAUUACUUUAUAAUAAAAUAUUUAUACAAACGUAAACUUUUGUGUUGACUUACAUAUCUCAUCUUUUUUUUUCCGUACGUAAUUAAUAUUAACUCGAAAUGAAUAUGCUAAUUUUUGUGUUUUGUAUUUUUGGUUUACAUGCACUGUCCUGGUUUUGGUACAAACUAGCAAUUCACUAACCAAACUGUUGGCAGCUUGUAUUCUACUGCGGUGUAAUACAUUUCGUUACAUUCGUUAAUUCCACGUAUGGAUUAUUAAUUAAUAUUUGUCAUUAUGCCAGGUACAAGUCAAAAAGAGCUGUGGGCCAAAAAGGCCCCAAAGUGUGGUGCUGCACUUUGGACACCCCUGGAUUUUUUUUAUUUUUUUUUGCACUUAAAAAGAAAAUUGCUUGAUAAAUUAGGACCUUUUUUUUGGCCGCCUGACUUGACUCGUAUGUUGAGGUAGGUCCUGAAAAUGUGUUGCCAUGGUGAUGCGGAGGCGGUCUGGGCGCUGCCGAGGAGCCGUCCUUACGAGCUUUGCCUUCUUUGAAAAAACCGUGUGGCGGCGGAAUAAAUGUGCGUAACAUGAUGCAUCCUUUGAGUUUUUACCUCAAGGUCAAGCGUCGGCCAUGUGAUUGACAGACCGACCGACUGACUGAUUGAUUGACAGACAAGCGCUGAGACGGACGCUGAAAGACGCAGCCUGCUUGUGUUGCCGAGCACGUCCGCUACCUGGUGUAAAUAUGCUCGUUUGUUCAUUUUUGUACAGACUCCUUUGGAAAUGAUUGACAUGAUGAAGGGUACUUGAAAAAAUAUCUCAACCAAACGAUCUUCUUCCAUACGAUACAAACAUAUGUGUCAAAUCUUAACGUUGCUCUACUGUACCGUGUACUCUUUUUGCCAUAUGUCACUUCUGCUCUUACUUUGAAAAUCCUCCAACCGCUUCCUGUACGAUGAUAUCUGACAAAGUGAACACGCCCUAUUAAAAUGUCAUUCUUCUCAACGGACGAUACUACAGAAAAGUAAACCCGGACACUAGAGUAGUCAGUGUACAGCUGGUACGCCUUGAUCCUCUUGGGCGUGGAAUCCAGCGUAGCUGCGCGUGACAUCACUUCCUUCUUCUUAGCUGGCUUUAAAAUCUAUCUCUCUGUGUCUGCUAUACAAGCUGUACACAGACUACUCUAAUGCAAGUAUUAUUGGAUUUUUAGUGAUACCACUAUACUGCAUAUUGAUCUCAGUAGUCAGCAUCCCAAAGAGAUUACGCUCUAAUGCAUGCAUGCAUUGCACUGCAACGGUACACUAGUACACUAAUAUUGCAGUAUCAGGCUUUUAUUGAGAGGGGGGGGGCACCUAUACAUUGGUUAAUGAAUUUGCUUGUAGGAAUUUGCUCCUGUAGAAUAAAAUAUAAUAUUUAAGCAUGUAAAAUCCGUUCAAGCGAGGAAAGUCAUGCAGUGCUUUUUGCACCCCCUGCUGGUCACUAAUGGCACUGCUGUCAUGAGUCAUCAAUUGUAGAGGAGUCAUUUGAAUUCUUUACAUUUGAAAAACACACUUUUUCAAACAUUGUAUGCAUAUGUUCUUGAGAAAUACAAAGAAAGCACAUGUUUUUUUAUUAUUAUUAUUUAUACAGUAACAUCUCCAGUGCCUUUUGUGCACCGCUUUGUAACUUUUUCUUACUAUGUUUUCUAUUAGUUGUCAUAUUUAUUAUUCUGAAUGUUACUUUUGUAUGCUUUUAUGUUGUCUAGACUGCUUUUCCGUGUUCGGGUGAGAGAUUUUAAGUAAGGGUGCACGAUAUCAGCUUGAUAUUAGGGAGUUAUUACGUCCGGAAUGGCUCCGAUAAUUGAUAAUAUAAGAAAAUACGUUCCAAUGAGGCAAGAUUAUCCAUACUGUGCCGGUGAGCAAAUCAAGCGUUAAUUUGUUUAAAAAAUUGUAAUGCUUGAAAAGUGCACCAUGACCUCCGUGGCGGCACACAGAGCUGGUCGGAGCAUGUGCCCGAAUACGGUGCACCUUGCUGGGCCACGCCAGGUGGCUCGCUCCCCUGUUUACUCUGGUUCUCCUGAUAGUAGGGAUGUGGUAGAGCUAAUGUUAUGAUAUUUGAUUAGAAUAAUUUAAGAGGUACACUACGUCAAAUCUGAAUUUAUAUCUCCAAGUGUGCACCAUCUACACUGAAAUAUAAAUUGAAAAAGUUAUGUUUUUUUUAAGUAAGGGUGCACGAUAUCAGCUUAAUAUUAGGGAGUUAUGACGUCCGGAAUGGCUCCGAUAAUUGAUAAUAUAAGAAAAUACGUUCCAAUGAGGCAAGAUUAUCCAUACUGUGCCGGUGAGCAAAUCAAGCGUUAAUUUGUUUAAAAAAUUGUAAUGCUUAAAAAGUGCACCAUGACCUCCAUGGCGUCACACAGAGCUGGUCGGAGCAUGUGCCCGAAUACGGUGCACCUUGCUGGGCCACGCCAGGUGGCUCGCUCCCCUGUUUACUCUGGUUCUCCUGAUGGUAGUGAUGUGGUAGAGCUAAUGUUAUGAUAUUUGAUUAGAACAAUUUAAGAGGCAGACUUGGUCAAAUCUGAAUUUAUACAUCCAAGUGUGCACCAGCUACACUGAAAUAUAAAUUGAAAAAGAAAAGUUAUGUUUUUUAUGGAUAUUGUGCAUCUCUAAUUUCAAGUAAAGAGGGAGAAAAAAAAAUCAAACCACUAUGCAUCCAAUCUGCUGCUUACCACUUGAGUAGAUCUGAGCUGGGAAUAUUUAUUCCAUCUUUGUGUGGUUUUCCUGAUGAUGUGUCUGUGCUGUGCCUGAGCCAUAAUGUCCUCUUCUUCAUCCAAAAAGUAUUGCAGUAUUCUUAACACACACCAGUGUUGGGCAAAUCACUUUUAAAAAAAAACCACUGGAGGGACAUCUAGAUUGUUGAUAUCCAUAUCAGAGCAUUAUAACGCACCGGUACAGUAACAAUAACAAAUAUUGUUUCAACACUAUUACUCUGACAAACACACUAAACCUACUAUAGGAAGUUUUCCAUUCACAUGAUGUAAAAAGUCAUUUUUCCCUGACCUGGUGUGACGUAAUCAUAAUAAUAAUAAUAAUAAUAAUGAUAAUAAUAAUGUCCUGAUGCUAAUUGCUGUAAGAGAAAUGAUGACUGUGUUGUGAUGCUGGAGUGUGAUUCUGUUCAAUUGUCUUGUUGAUGAUGAGUGUGUGUUGGUGCAUCCAAAUAAAAACAUUCAUGCUC